UAGCUUUGUUGAAAGUAAAGCUCCUUUGGACGCGGCGCGAGAGAAGAAGCUUACUGGUACACGCGCGAGGGGAGAGAAGGAGCUCGAGAGAGGCGGAGAGACUAGAAAUUAGUUUCAUCCCAGUGUGGAGGAGGAGCCGCGCACUUGUCUGUACCUGCAGGAACUGUCCUAAAACUGUGCAUUGUCGGACCAAACCCUUUUUUAAUCCAGGAAGACGAGAAGACAGAAAGUCAUGGACAGAGGAGGAGAUUUAAAAAGAAGCUAGCGCCUACAGUGAAGUAUCCCUCAGAUAAAACGACUCAGUAAGAAGAGGAGUCCGGAGAGGAAGACAGGAUGGGGAUGGAUUUCAGCACUCUUCGGACCCUCAUCAGCAGAUAUUGUGCUGGUGAGGAGAACUGGGUGGACAGCAGGACCAUUUACAUUGGACAUAAGGAGCCUCCUCCUGGAACCGAGGCCUUCAUACAACAAAGAUUUCCAGACAACAGAAUAGUCUCCUCCAAGUACACAUUUUGGAACUUCAUCCCUAAGAAUAUGUUUGAGCAGUUCAGGAGAGUCGCCAACUUCUACUUUCUCAUCAUAUUUCUGGUCCAGUUGAUCAUCGACACUCCCACCAGUCCGAUCACUAGCGGGCUGCCGCUCUUCUUUGUCAUCACUGUCACCGCCAUUAAACAGGGUUAUGAGGACUGGUUGAGACACAAAGCAGACAACGCUGUCAACCAGUGUCCUGUCCACGUGGUGCAGCAUGGGAAAGUGGUCCGCAAACAAAGUCGCAAGCUCAGGGUUGGAGAUGUUGUCUUUGUGAAAGAAGAUGAAACUUUUCCGUGCGACCUCAUACUUCUCUCCACGUCUCGAGAUGACGGGACCUGCUACGUUACAACAGCCAGUCUGGAUGGGGAGAGCAGCCACAAGACCUAUUAUGCAGUUCAGGACACCAAAGCUUACAACACAGAGGAGGAGGUCGACUCCAUCCACGCCACAAUAGAGUGUGAACAACCACAGCCGGACCUGUACAAAUUUGUGGGCCGUGUCAACAUCUACAUGGACAAUGAGCCGGUGGCCAGGCCGUUAGGAUCCGAGAACCUGCUGCUCCGAGGAGCCACACUGAAGAACACUCCGUACAUCUAUGCGGUUGCCAUCUACACGGGCAUGGAAACCAAGAUGGCUCUCAACUACCAGUCCAAGUCUCAGAAACGGUCUGCAGUAGAAAAGUCGAUGAAUGCCUACCUGGUGGUCUACCUGUGCAUUCUUAUCAGCAAGGCCUUCAUCAACACCGUGCUGAAGUACGUGUGGCAGGCGGAUCCCAACAGAGACGAGCCGUGGUACAAUGAGAGGACAGAAACGGAGAGACAGAGGCACAUCCUGAUCAGGGCGUUCACAGACUUCCUGGCCUUCAUGGUUCUUUUCAACUACAUCAUUCCCGUCUCCAUGUACGUCACUGUGGAGAUGCAGAAGUUCCUGGGCUCCUACUUCAUCAUGUGGGAUGAUGAAAUGUUCGAUGAGGAGCUGGGGGAGAGAGCCGUGGUCAACACGUCGGACCUGAAUGAGGAGCUGGGACAGGUGGAGUAUGUGUUCACAGACAAGACAGGGACUCUGACAGAGAACAACAUGGAGUUUAUAGAGUGCUGUGUGGACGGACAUGUUUACGUGCCUCAUGCCAUCUGUAACGGACAGGUGAUGCCUGGAGCAGCCGGUAUGGACAUGAUCGAUACAUCGCCAGGUCCUGAUGCCAGGGAGCACGAGGAGCUGUUCUUCCGGGCGCUGUGUUUGUGCCACACGGUGCAGGUGAAGGAGGAGGAGACGGUGGACGGGAUCAAGCAUGGCAUCCACCAGGGCAAGUCCACUUCCUUCUACAUCUCCUCCUCUCCAGACGAGGUGGCGCUGGUGGAGGGAAUGAAGAGGCUCGGUUUCACCUACCUGAGACUGAAGGACAGUCACAUGGAGAUCUUGAAUAGAGAGGAUGAGAUUGAGAGGUUUGAGCUGCUGGAGGUUUUGACAUUUGACUCAGUCAGACGGAGGAUGAGCGUCAUUGUCAGGGCCAGCACUGGUGAGCUCUAUCUGUUCUGCAAAGGUGCAGACUCCUCCAUCUUCCCUAGGGUUAUCUCAGGCAAGGUGGAUCAGGUUAGAGCUCGGGUGGAGCACAACGCAGUGGAGGGUCUGAGGACACUUUGUGUUGCCUAUAGGCCUCUGAGCCCUGAACAGUACCAGGAGGUUUGCCACCUACUGAACGGGGCCAAGUUGGCACUACAGGACCGGGACAAACGUCUGGCGGAGGCCUAUGACCUCAUAGAGAAGGAUCUGAUACUGCUGGGAGCCACUGCUGUGGAGGACAGGCUGCAGGAAAAAGCGGCGGACACCAUUGAGUCACUGCACAAGGCCGGCAUGAAGGUGUGGGUGCUGACCGGAGAUAAGAUGGAGACGGCAGCUGCGACCUGCUAUGCCAGCAAGCUCUUCCGUCGCAACACCCAGAUCCUGGAGCUGACCACCAAACGCACCGAGGAGCAGAGCCUGCACGAUGUCCUGUUUGACCUGAGCCGCACCGUCCUGCGGCAGCACGGGGGCAUGACCAGGGACACUUUCUCUGGUUUAUCAGCUGACUGCACUGACUAUGGUCUGAUCAUCGACGGAGCCACCCUCUCUGCAGUGCUGAGGCCCGGCCAGGAGGACUCGAACUCAGGGAACUACAAAGAGAUCUUCCUAGAAAUCUGCCGCAACUGCAGCGCGGUGCUGUGUUGUCGAAUGGCGCCGCUCCAGAAAGCUCAGAUUGUGAAGCUGAUCAAAGCUUCCAAGGAGCACCCAAUCACACUGGCGAUUGGAGAUGGAGCUAAUGAUGUCAGCAUGAUCCUGGAGGCCCAUGUUGGCAUUGGUAUUAUGGGUAAGGAGGGUCGUCAGGCAGUGAGGAACAGUGACUACGCCAUCCCAAAGUUCAAACACCUCAAGAAGAUGCUGCUCGUCCACGGACACUAUUACUACAUUCGCAUCUCUGAACUUGUGCAAUAUUUCUUCUAUAAGAAUGUAUGUUUCAUCUUCCCCCAGUUCCUCUACCAGUUCUUCUGUGGCUUCUCACAACAGCCUCUGUAUGAUACAGCCUACUUGACUCUGUACAACAUCAGCUUCACCUCGCUGCCCAUCCUGCUCUACAGUCUCAUAGAGCAGCACAUUAACAUGGACAUCCUGAAGAAGGACCCUACACUCUAUAGGGAUAUUGCUAAGAACUCUUUGCUGCGGUGGCCCAUCUUCAUAUAUUGGACCAUCCUGGGUGUGUACGACGCUAUCGUGAUGUUCUUUGGUGCUUACUUCUUGUUUGACAACACCACCUUCACCAGCAACGGACAGCUAAUGACAACCAACACACAGAUGAUGUUUGGAAACUGGACGUUUGGGACUCUGGUCUUCACUGUGUUAGUCUUCACUGUUACGUUCAAGUUGGCUCUAGAUACUCAUUACUGGACUUGGAUCAACCAUUUUGUCAUCUGGGGCUCACUGAUAUUCUUUGUGGUCUUCUCUCUGCUGUGGGGAGGAAUCAUCUGGCCCUUCCUCAACUACCAGAGAAUGUACUAUGUGUUCAUGCAGAUGUUGUCCAGUGGUCCGGCCUGGCUCAGUAUAAUCCUUCUGAUAACGGCGAGUUUGUUGCCGGAUGUGGUAAAGAAGGUGAUCUGUAGGGCGCUGUGGCCAACAACUACUGAACGCAUACAGAACGCUGAUAAACUGUAUAAGGGCCAGCUCUCCGAGUUCACCCCCCUGGCAUCUCUCCAUGCCCCAUCCAAGGCUGGCAGCCACCGGCGAGGCUCGGCCCACCAAAGGAACGCCCCAAACCCUCGAAGGUCUGAACCCUUUAGCAAGAAAGUCAUGUUCACGCGCUGGCAAAGAGCACCAGACUACUGCACCUUCACCCCGCUCCUCCGGUUCGCAGAUGGGUCCCGCCACCCAAGACAGGGACACGCUUACAGCGGGGCGGGGCCUGAGACCUCAGUCUAAUUUAUUUUUUGUUUGUUGUUUUUCUAUUCUUAUAUUCUGAUAUCAGAUACAAUGGCAUCAGUUUGGAGUUGAACUGAAGAAAAAGGAGUGAUUAUGAUAAAUUGGUCCAGAUGUGGAUCAGGUCACUGCUAUCAGAGCUGGGAAGUAAAGUCACCCAAAAGUAACUGAAUUUGUUCAUGUUACUGAGCUGGCGUAACCUUCAUAACUACUCCCAGGUCAGCAGCCGAGUAUGGCACAAAGCACUGUGGGACGGCUCUGGGAAGGAAUCCAUCCACAGGGCCUCGCUCACCGCCACGACAUGCAAAGGGCUCAGUGUACCGAUGUCACAAUGAAAUGAAAGUGAUUUCAUAAAGCACAUUAUGUCACACUAAAAAUAUGUGCACUGGCCCUUUAAAUCCAUCUGCCUCUGACAGCGGGCAGCUGAAGUGUACUUUUCUCUAAUUAGUAGGAUUUAUAUGACUUUUUAAAGACUGAUCAUGGUGUGUUGUGACUGGAAUUGUGCUGCUGCUGCUGCUGCUGCUGCUGCUGCUGCUGCUGAUGCUGAUGAUGAUGAUGAUGAAGAUAGUACAGGCACAGGCUUUCUCUGACCAAACAUUUUCUUUUCUUUAAUUCCUCUCUUUAUUUCCUUCUUUCCAUCUGUCUCUUCUGCCUCUUUAUAGGACUAACUGGUGUUGCCUGUGCGCAAACCUGUUAUCCCGAAAUACUCCGUAGGACUCUGGGGUCAGAUCCUACAGCAUUGUAAGGAGGGGUGUGGUAGAGAAGUGAAGCUUGAGUGUUUGAAAAGUGGAUCUGAGUCGGCCUUUUCUUCCUCUUUUAUUACUUAUUCUUUAUUCUGUCUUAAAGAAAAAAAGACCAACUUUAGCUCCACAUCCAACACUUCAGCUUUUAAACUCACCUGUAGGUAGUGUAGAGUGUGUGGGGGGGUAGUGUGUGCAUCUGUGUGCUGAUAGCUAGUGGUCGUGUUAGUGUUUGUGCUGUAUUCAUCUCUGCAGGAUCUCCUUCUCUCUUAUUGUCUUUGAAGCACUUUAACUAUAGAUAUUCAUCUUAUAUUUAUCUAUAAUGCUGAGAGACUAAUCUAAGUUUUUCUGCCUUGUUGAUUUAGUGAUAGAAUCCAGUAGAAAUGGCUGUGUGACGGCUUGCUAGCUGUUUCUUAAUGCCUUAAUGUCAGCAAUGUAAAUACCACAGAGAUUAUGAACCAAAGAACCUGAAGAAAGAAAAACCUGACCUCCUCAAGGCAACAACUGAGCGAUAUAAUUAGAUGUGUGGUCUGUAAAUCAGUUGUCGAGUUUGGGGAGGUUUGAUUUUUGGUUGCAUAUUAUUUCAGCACCUUAAAAAUUUACAACCAAUCAUAACGCAAGGAUUCUAUCAAGUGCUCCAAACUAAUUGAUGCCUUAAAUUAGUAGUUAAUAUUUCUGAGAUUUGCUCAUUGAUCAUAUAGACAUUUAUUCAGGAGAACACACAUAUAAUCAUAACUGUAACACUGUAAUAUACACUGACAGACACACAACCUCCAUAUAACAGACAGCGCAGGAAAAAAAGUAUAAAAUGAAACAAAUAUCUAAUAAUUAAUUUAACUUAUUUCCAUUAUAUUUUAUUAAUUCCAUGCAGGUGCACAGGUCAGUGCACAGUCACUAAAACCUCUGCUUCUCCUGCAGCAGAAAACAAUACAAGUGUUUUCUAAUGUGACUCAUAAAUUAGAUUUAGACUCGCUUUCAUGUUCUCAGUUUUGGCCGACGUCAUGUUUGCCAGAGUGAGACGUUUACUCCCCUUCUUGCUGAGAGUCACAAAAGAAGAUCGACCACCAUUCCCAUGCAGGUACCACCAGCGGCCAGUUAGCUUAGCUUAGCACAAAGACUGGCAACAGGGGGAAACAUGUAGCCUGGUUUUGUGAAAAUGUAUCACACCUCUAAACCUCUAAUGUAUUAUUAGAGAAGAUGAAUAUUCAUUUGUUCGGAAGCUGUAGAGGUGUUUGAUCAAAGGUAAAAUAAAUCCACCUGCCAGCUAAGCUAAGCUGAACGUCUCCUGGCUGUAGCUUCGUAUUGAUCAUCCAAACAUGAGAGUGGUAUCAAUAUUCUGAUCUGACUCUCUGCAAGAAAGCUGUUUAUUUAACUGAUUCAUGAAAAAUAUUAUUUCAUUGUUUUCAAGCUCACCUUGAAGUCUGCACCUUCGAAAGUAAACCGUUUCUUGACUUAACUGAGCAGUAAUAUAAAUGGAACAGCCAACACCUCUGUUAUAGUAAAGGGCAGUGCCAUGUUAUAGAGGAAAAUGCUGGUUUGUUACAUGAACAAAAGUUGAAAAAAAGAGUGACAGAAAAGUGAACAUUUCAGGCAUAGGACUGUCGUCAAUAGUAAAUGGCACCUCAAGGUUUUUUUUUGUUUUUUUUGUGUGAUUCAGAUCCAAACUUUGACCUGUUCUGUUUGGUGAAAUCACAGUCAGAUGUGCCUGAGUGCAAAACUGACUCAUUGAACGUUAGUGCGCUCGGUGGAGUUCGUCACUUAGCAGACGUUGUGAAAAGAUUUCUCAUAUUUCUGUCUUUCAUCAUCAGUCAGCUUGUAGUUUAUGAGCUGUAGGAAAUUCAGGUAUCAGACAUUCAUACUCAUAACUCAUACGGAUGCUGUUCCACGUUAUGUUGUCAACAGAAUACAUUUGUGAGGUGUUUUAGUUUUGCGUGUUAGAUUGAUUAUAGCAUCUCAUUGCUCAUCGCUCAUGCUCUUCAAAGCCUUACGAUGGUGUAACAAGAGUGUAAUGAGAUUAUCUACUGUCAACUGUGCAGUCUAUGAAUUCUGUCUUACACUUUUCCUGUUUCAACUCUUACCCUCUCUCUGUCUUUCUAGCUCUCUCGCUCUCUCUGUCUCUCUCUUUCUCUCUCUCUGCUGAAGUGAUGUGGAAGUUUUCCUACCUCUGUGACAGCCGCCUCCACCCGUCCUCAUCAUCACCCUCUUCGUCUGUCUCGGCCAUUCUUCCAUAGGUCUGUCCAUCCAUCCAUCUACGCAUCCGUACAUGAGACAGAGUAGAAGUAACGUUUUGUACUCUACUUUGAAUAGUCUUUUGAACCAAAGCCUUGUUGCUGCUAGAGAUACUUGUAGCUGCUUUACAUUAGGUGCCUUGUGGUAGUUUCUCUGUCUGUGCUGAACUGUCUUUGCUUGCUUUUAUGUUACAUUUACGACUAAUAAUAUUUGGCAUUCGGAUGGGAAAGCACUGCAGAUGAUGGAUGUGAAUGUAAAAGUUAAUCUUAUGCAGAUUCUACUGUUCAAGAAGACUCAUUUGGAACAAAUACAGCACUGAAAUAUUAUCGUUAACACACAAUCGAUGAACAAAUUAAUCACCACUUGCACCAAAACAUUCAACGACUUAUUUUAAUGUCUGUUUUUUAUUCUUUUUAUUCAAAAUUUUUUUAUAUAUGUCCAAGAGGGCAUUUGUCUCUGAAAUGUUAUUUUUACUGUUUUCAUUAAUGUAUAAAGUAUAAAAUUCCCAUACACCACGUGAGGAGUGAGUGACGGUCUCACUCAGUGGUCAGAGCACACUGGAAAGAUCUUUAAUCUUUAUUUUAAAGACAUAGGAAACUUGAAGAGCUCCAGCUCUGCUUGAUCAAUCAACUGCAGUCGAUCAAUAUUACAAACUGGGAUUUUUUUUAGAAAAUAUUCAGUGUAUGUUUCCUUUAAUGUCUGACUUGAGAUUCUGGUUUUCUACUUCAAUAUUUAUAUAAAAACAGUAAUACUAUCGGAUUCUGAGGUAAAAUCCACUUGUCUCUGUGAUUUGCUGAUUAAAGGGUCAAUUCGGCCAAAUUACAAAAGGAAAAAGAAAAAGCAUAAGAUAAUGAUUUAAAAUGACAUGCUUGGUGUGGAAACAAAUCUUAGGGAUACAUAUCUCUAUAUUAAAAAUAAAAACCAAAACUAUAUCUGCAUGGGUUGAUGUCACUAGAGGUAAUUGAGAAAAUACUGGGGGGUUUUUGUUGUUGUUUUUUUGUAAUUUGGGUGAACUGGCCCUUUAAUAUUCUCAGGCUCGUGAAUGUAAAACAUGUAAUCAAGGAUCCUGUUCUUCCUCCUGCUGUGUGUGAAUUCAAAUUGGGCUUUGACAGAUACACGCUCGUGAGGGGAGAUGUUUGUCAACCAUAACUGUGUGCCAGUAUUCAGUAUUGUAAUAUCUGACUGUUUUCCCACCUGAAUCCAUAAGUAAUAAGAGAAAUCAAUAUAAUUGUUGACUAAGAUCAUCCCAGAGAGUAGCUGAUGGCUCUUGCAUAAAGAGAAUCACCAGCACAGAAGCUUUUAUUCUUUAUUAUUGGAGUUUUUUAAUCAAGCCUGGCUGAAUAUUGGCAUUUAGAGGCACCUGGGAGUCUUUCAUUGACUAUACGAAUUAUUGCCAUACAGUCAGGCAACAUCCUGUAACUGGGAUCCAUAUAAGUGAAUGAAUACGUUAUAAAAUAAAUCCUUCAGAUUUUUUUGUAUGUAUGUUAGAGGUCAUGUGAGGCUUUGUUUGUCUUUUUUUUUUACUUUCUGGAAACUGUAUUUGUGUGUCUUAUUUGUGUAGUACAGUUUUCUAACAGCCGUACUGGGUUGUGACAAAACAACACUGGACAUGUAUGUUUGCAUAGCUUUAAAGACUUCACAUACAAAAAAGAAGAGAUUUCUGUGGUGUUAGCUCAGAUACACCCCUGCACUGAACCGUCUCGUCUGAUGAUUGACACUUUGCUGUAGAAAUUUUCAAAGCCAUUAAUGGUGGAUUUAAGGUCUUACUGUACCAAUCACUCUUGUCCUCACUGUCCUGAUCUUUCAAGACCACCUUAACUGACAGCCUUCAAACCGAAUGUUAUCUUUUCUCUUUUACAAUGGAUUACUGUAUAGUGUUCUGUAUUCAUAACCAACAGUAUCUAUAAUCGCUGUACACUCGGAUACGGUAUAUACACAUGUAUACAAUAUAUAAAUGUAGUUAUGUUAAUUAAUGUACAGUUUUGGGGUCUUUUUGUAUACAGUUUUUAACAGAGUCAUAUGGAGAUUUACUUGUGGAUUUUUGCCAACCUUUCUGUAGCUAUCUAUAGCAAACAACUGUACAUUUGCUUCAAAAUAAAAGCCAGAAGUGGAAAUGUGAAA